AGGGGAAAGAGACAGGGGCGACAGGGAGUUGGCCCCUGAAGGGUGGGCCCGGUUCAAGAAGGGCAUCUGGGGACCGGUCCUGUUCAGGACGAUGGCUGUUUGGUGGGAAAGGAGUGGUCUUGGAGCCAGUGCGGUCUUGCGACGAAGCAGGGCAUAAGACAGGUAAUAAAACCGGCAGUGUAAGGAGAACGAAGCUGAAAGAGUCUGCCAGUUUCUCCCUCAAGAGGACAGCACCUGAACCUUGCAGCCCCUCAAGCCUGCACCGUGUGGCCAUGAGGACUAGACCCUUGUGCGAUUUUCUACUUCGUGGGCAGAGUCGAAGUCCACCCAUCUUAGAGUUGCCCUGUUGGACAAAGACUGGCACAUUAAAAAGAAAGCGUGAGAGAGAGAAUGUUUCUCCACACUGUGGGCAAACACUGCAUGCUGAGAAAGUCAAACACUGAACGUAGAAAAAGAUAAAAUCUCCUGGGAAUUCAUGGACACAUCCGUGUUGUUUUUGUGGCAACGGUGCUGGCGAGGUUGAUCCCUGGCUUUUUCCAGGAAGUGUUUUCAACGUCCCAGUCUAGACUACAGGUUUGAGUCUACUUCCUGCACUCCCAGUCUGGUCCGGUCCAUGGCGGAAACCAUUUUUGGCAAUGGGAGUGACCAGUGGGUGUGUCCAAAUGACCGUCAUCUGGCCCUCCGUGCCAAGCUCCACAGCGGUUGGUCAGUGCACACUUUCCAAACAGACCGCCAGAGAAAGAUGCAGGCUUUGGAUUCGAGGGAGAUGGACGUGAUCCUGGCGGUCGUUCGUCGAGCCGAAAAGCUGGAGAUAAUCGAGCAGCAUAGAAUUGGGCGCCUGGUCGAGCGGCUGGAGAACAUGCGGAAGAAUGUUUUGGGCAACGGUUUGUCUGAAUGCCUUCUCUGCGGGGAAGCCCUGGGGUUUCUUGGUAGCACUGCUGUGUUUUGCCAAGACUGCAAAAAGAAAGUUUGCACAAAGUGCGGCAUAGAAACACCGGGUCCCCACAAACGGCCAGUUUGGUUCUGUAAGAUCUGCAGUGAACAGAGAGAGGUUUGGAAGCGGUCGGGGGCCUGGUUCUACAAAGGCCUGCCAAAAUGCAUCCUGCCAUCGAAAGGUAACAGCAAAGCCAAAGAAAUGCACCGCCGGCCUCAUCGAGCAGAACCACCACCGCUGGAGCUCCGGAGCAGCGGGGUGGAUCAGACCUACACCUGGGCCAGGGGAAAAGUUGUCUCUAGCGAUAGUGAUAGCGACUCUGAGAUCAGCUCCUCAGGCUUUGAUGAUCGGUCUUCGGCUGUGGGAUCCAAGAGUUUCAAGAUCAGGAAACACCCAGCAGAGUCGGUUUCCAGUGGUGAGGCUGCUCGAUCCCUGAGCGGGACCACCAGUCAGACUUUGGGUAGCACCAUUUCGGAAAGCCAGAGCAGUUCGGGUAGUGAGCGAACCGGGGGAUAUGGUGCCCCAGAAAGCUACCCGAGUGAUCGUGAAGAUGGUGAUAGUGAUGCUGUCCGGAGUACUGCUGGGAAAAGACGACUCUUAACCAGCCCUUGGUGCUGAUUGCUCCCAAAGGCCUCCUUGCCUUCUUCUUACCAGCUUUCUGCAUGGAACUCAAGGUGGACCUACAACCUGGGAUUUGGGGGAAGAACGUAGACCCUUACCAGCAUGGGGACAAUCGUACCACUUGGUCACUCCUCUGUCUGCACUGUGACCGGUUCAUUGCUCUCUUUUCACGCCAGGAGAGGAAAAAGGAAACCCAAAAGAUUAUUGUGAUUGGAUUUUCCAACAAUGGUGGAGUGUUGAAACGGCCUGGAUUUGGACUGUAGGUGCUGGGAUUCCUGUGUCUUCGCUGAAUUUUUUUUUCUUUGAAAAUGGCAGCGUGGUGCAACAGGAAAGGGGAGAGACUUGGAAUUCAGUUCCUUGCAUAAUAUUGUUUCACAUCUGCACACACACACACACACACACACAACCCCCUUGAUUUUGGUCCUGGGCAAAAGGUGGAUAUUGUCUUGUGUCUCCUUUUCCUGAGAGGAGUGAGGGUUUAAGAUGGAGCAACAGCCGCACAUAUGUAGAUGCAGGGGUGAAGAAAUGGCAGAUGUUCUUCUCUCAGUGGUGGGUUGGCUGUAGAGCAGUGUUUCUAAACCUUGGGGACUUUAAGAUGCGUGGACUUCAACUCCCAGAAUUCCCCAGCCAGCAUGUCCGGUGGGAGCGCAAGUUGGGGCAAUCUGGAUUUCAGAAAUGUUUCAUCAGGUGAAUUAGGAUUUAUUUCCACAAAUAAGGUUCUGUCGGUCAGGGAAGGUGAAGGAUCAACUUCCAAGAGGAAAACAAGUUAGCCUUUUUGAGGGGAUCCUGUAUGGCAGUGUUUCUCAACCGUGGCCACUUCAAGCGUGGUGGACUUCAACUCCCAGAGUUGAGUUGAGGCUGGCUGGGGAAUUCUGGGAGUUGAAGUCCACCCCGCUUGAAGUGGCCAAGGUUGAGGAACCCUGCUGUGUGGUCUGAGCGUCACCCAACCUAUCCCGCCUCUGAACUGGAAGGAAGCAUUUUUCUGGGAGAAAGAAGGAGGUGGACAAACAGGGAAAACGAGGUCAGGUGCCGUGCUUGAUGCUAGGUCACUUUCUUGGCAUUUCCUCCUUAUUUUGAGCAGAGUAGCUGAAGAGAAGGGCCUUGGGACCCAUUUGGGGUCCCCCCGUCUCCUCCCUCCCCAAACACACCAUGCACAGAGUCAGAACGAUUGGAUGUCUUCUUGCCCUGGGGCAGGUCAGCCCUCAUGGUGUCUUCAGAAAGGAUCUGGUGGGGUGUGCAUGUGUAUAAAACAAUCCCCUUUUUCACAGGGACAUAAUUCCUGCAGCCAGGAAGGAUGACGGUGGGGUUAUGGUCCUCCCAAAGAGCAGCAGAUGUCUGCCUUUUAUCUCCUUUCCUCGCAAUACACCCCCUUGUAAAAAGAGCUGCUGAUUAUUCCAUGAAGCUUCUAAUCAUUAUGGGUUCCUGAGAAUUAACCUUUUUUGUCGUCGUUGCAGUGGAGACUUCUUAGGCUCCCUGCUGCUUGCAGAUAUCUCUCGUUGCUUGCAUAUAAAGUAUUUUUAUGAUAUGGA